CCUCAAUACGACGCCGCACACCUUAAUUCCCUUCACGUCUCCCUCCUCUCAAUCUCUCAAACAAACACCUUCUUCUCCUCUGUUUGUUUUCACUUUUCACGAUUCCAAACAGUCACUACAAUACAAGCUACUAAUCGCAUUUCUGAAAGUGAUUCUCCCAUUUUCACUCCUUUCACGAUCCAAUUUCCCUUUCUAGCUUCUAGAUUCCGCGUGUGUGAGUGAGAUUACUUACCAUUACCAUUCAUAAUUACUACUUGUUAUCACACUGAUUGCGACGGCGACGCCAAUCUCUAUCCGUUUCUCUUCACCAAUCAAUGACGCGUCCAUUUCACUUGCGUGAAUUUCCAAUUCCAUUGUGAUCUCUCUUUCUCCAUUGCACUCUGAAAAGUGAAAAAACCAAGUCUAAACAAAUAAGAACAAAGCAGCGAGCGAAGAUGAACGCCGCCGCCGUGGCUUUGGCGUUGUUCUAUCUAACCGCGGCGGUGGUGCCGUGGCGCGUUCUCUCGAAGGCAGAGCAGAGGCUUCAGGUGAACAUGACGCUGGUGAAGAACGCUCGUGAUACCGGUGCUUUGUGUUUGGAUGGGAGUUUACCGGCGUAUCAUUUGCAUAGAGGAUAUGGAGCAGGACAAGAUAACUGGCUUCUUCAGUUUGAGGGAGGUGGGUGGUGCAAUGACUUGACAUCAUGCUUGGAAAGAGCCAAUACUCGCAGGGGUUCAACACUUUACAUGACCAAGUGGGAGGUCUUCUCUGGUAUUUUAAGCAACAAUGCCACACUUAAUCCAGACUUUUACAAUUGGAACCGAGUGAAGCUGAGAUAUUGUGAUGGAGCUUCAUUUACCGGAGAUAGGGUGUUCAAUAAUGGGACAACAACGCUUUACUUCAAGGGGCAAAAAAUUUGGGAAGCCAUUAUUCGCGAUCUUCUACCAAAAGGUUUAGGAAAGGCACGCAAGGCUUUGCUUUCAGGCUGUUCAGCAGGAGGUUUAGCAACCUUCCACCAUUGCGACAACUUUGCCAAGUAUUUGCCAGAGAAUGCUAAAGUGAAAUGUUUGAGUGAUGCCGGUUUUUUUCUUGACGAAAGAGAUGUAGGUUUGAAUCACACUAUGAGGUUCUUCGUCAAAAGUCUAGUAUCAUUACAGGGGAUAGAGCAGAAUCUGAACAGAAACUGCACAAGUGCCUUGUUCUUUCCAGACUUGUGUUUCUUUCCGCAAUAUGCGAUACGAUACAUAUCAACACCAUAUUUUAUCUUGAACUCCGCCUAUGAUGUGUACCAAUUUAACCAUAUAUUGGUGCCACCUACUGCUGAUAUGCAUGGACACUGGAAUCACUGUAAGCUGAACCCAGCAGCAUGCACACCAGACCAAAUUAAAACAUUGCAAGGUUUUAGGCUCCACAUGCUUGCAGCUUUGAGACCAUUCACUAUAUACUCAGCAAGAGGGGGAAUGUUCAUAAAUUCAUGUUUUGCUCAUUGCCAAAGUGAAUCGCAAGAUACAUGGUUUGGGGAUGAUUCACCAAGAGUAAACAACAAGACUAUUGCAGAAGCAGUUGGUGGUUGGUAUUUCAGCAGAAACAAAACCAAGGAAAUAGAUUGUGCAUAUCCAUGUGAUACAACUUGUCAUAAUCUUAUACCAUGACCUCAGGUUCGUUGUGCUAAAAGGUUAUCCCGUGAAUCCUUUAGGUCAAAUGUUCUUCUUGUAAAUGAAUAGGCGGUGAAUUUUCGCUUUGCUUAUCCUCAUACGAAGUGUCCAACAUUGGGCUAAAGUUACAUCAGCGUUUGCAGUCAUCUAUAAGUCAACCCGGUCAAAUGAGGUAACUUGGCCUAGUGUAAGUCAGUUUGCAUGAAAGUCGUAACUCAGACUGUAUAAGUCAGCAUGGAUGCAGGUUGUAACUCGACCUAGUACAGUCUUUCAGGAUAUAUGGGGUAACUCAACUAGUGUGUAAGUUGGUCAAGAUGUGUAUAGGGUAAUCUGACCACUGUGUAAGUAGGUCUGGAUGUAUGAGGUGACUUCACCACGAGAAGUCGACCAAGAUGUACGUGCUAAGUUGCACACUAGAACACUAGCUCCUAACUCUGAGUUUCAUUAUGAAUGAUGGUCAAAUGUACAAAGUAUGUUGGGUGAGGUGCAAAGUGCUGAAUCGCACACUGAAAUACCAAUAUUUAUUUGUUUAAAGAAAAUAUUUAAAAACUAAUUUUAACAAAAAAACUGAUCUGCGAAAACUAGUAGUAGGAGUUUGAGGGUCGAUUUAUGCAA